AUGGUGAGACUGGGGCCUCUGGCCGCGCAGCACGCGGGGGCGUUCGCCCGCGACCUGCGGCUGGGAAGCCCCGCAGCGCUCGUGGCCUUCGUCGUCGUCGCGACGGUGGCGGUGGCGGCGUUCGGCUGCGCCAAGGGGGCCAGGAAGCUGCGCCGGCAAGACAAGAACAAUGUCUACUACUACAGCCAGGGGUACUCGCCGCCGCCUCCCGCCGGGGCGUAUGGAUACCCGGCGCAGCAGCCGCCGCCCGUCGACACCGGGGAGAAGCAGGGGCGCAUGGGCGGUGGCGCGGGGCUCGCUCUCGGUGCUGGCGCUGGCCUGGCCACCGGCGUCAUCGCCGGCUCGGCGCUCAGCUCCGGGUGCGGCGGGGGUUGCGGUGGUGGCUGCGGCGGUUGA